AUGUGGAGACAGAAUCUUGUGCCAGCAUGUCUCGUUUUUCUGCUGACGUUCGCCGACGCCUCGCGAUUUCUGAGCCAGAGCAAAGCAUCGCACUUCUUGAGCCGACACAAGAGGGCCAACUCUCUUUUUGAAGAGCACAAGAAGGGCAAUCUGGAGAGAGAAUGCAUUGAGGAGCUAUGCAACAGAGAGGAAGCAAGGGAGAUCUUUGAGAACAUCCCUGAGACGGAGUACUUUUACCCAAGGUAUGUUGUGUGUCUGGGCUCCCACAGAGUUGGCGCCAGCAGCGACAAUUCUGAUUCUGUCAUCCCAUCGGAUCUUCGAACCUGCGUGAAAGAAAUCAGCAAUCAAUGCACGCCAUUUCCAUGCUACAGGGAAGGAACUGAGCGCUGCGUGGAUGGUAAAGCCUCCUAUACGUGUGUGUGCAAGCCUGGCUGGAAAGGGCAAAGCUGUGAGAAAGACAUCGAUGAGUGUUCAGAUUCCGAGUUUCCAGCAGGAUGUAACCACAAUUGUUACAAUAUUCCUGGAAGUUUUCAUUGUACGUGUAAAGACGGCUACUAUCUCAGCGACAACAUCAACUGUGUGGAUAUCAAUGAGUGCCUAAUGUAUCCAAGUAUUUGUGAUGAGCCUUCUAAAUGUGUCAAUACACCUGGCAUGUUUGAUUGUGUGUGUCCAACUGGAUUCAAAUACAACUUCACUUCAAAAAGCUGCAUUGAUGUUGACGAGUGCCAGGUGAGCAUGUGCGAGGGCACUUGCAUCAACAAUGUGGGCAGCUACAACUGUCAUUGCGAUGGCCGCCAGGGUCUCCGCUUAGCAGAUAACAAGCACAACUGUGAAAGGAUCCCAGUUUGUGUGCAUUUGUCUGACUAUAAAUACGCUGAGAUGUUGUACCUGGGGGAGCAGUUUGUAGGGCUUCCUGUGAUAUAUCUUCUCUUCCGUCUGCCAGAGACAACAAAGUUUGCAGCAGAGUUUGACUUCCGCACAUUUGAUCCAGAGGGAGUCAUUCUCUUCGCAGAAUCCUCCCAGGAUUCGUGGUUCAUGCUAGGACUACGAGGCGGCCGCAUCGAAGUCCAGUUCAAAACUCAGCACACGUUAAAGGUCACCAGUGGAGGCAAAGCCAUCAACGAUGGACAGUGGCAUGUGAUCUCUGUGGAUGAACUGGAGAAGAGCAUCAGUGUGAAGAUCAGCAAGGAAGCUGUAAUGAGCAUCACCAGUCCAGAGAGCCUAUUCACUGGGGUUAAUGGUAAACUGGAGACUAAAGUUUACAUUGCUGGUCUUCCCAACCGCACUAACAGCAUCAUAAAACCUAUCAACCCACGACUUGAUGGCUGUAUCCGAGGUUGGAACAUGAUGAACCAAGGAGCAUCUGGGGUGAAGGAGGUCAUCCAGGAGAAGAAAAGUAAACAAUGUCACGUUCAUGUUGAACGCGGAUCAUUUUUCACCGGUGAAGGCUUGGCACGCUUCAAUAUUGACUAUAAUGACUCUGGAAGCUGGAAGGUGGAUUUAAGGAUGAAUAUACGGCCUUCAAGCAGUACCGGUGUCAUCUUUGCUCUAGUUUCCAACAACAGAGUCCCACUGUCGCUGGCCGUGCUAACAGAGGGCGAAUAUGACGCUAACCUGCAAGUUUUCUUGGACGGCGUUUCGGUGGCUACACUGCACUCAAUGCUGUUGUGUUAUCCUGACCGAUUAACAGUGUUGCUGAGUGUAACUCAAACAGAAAUUUCAAUCUCAGCCAACUCAUCGACUGUCAAGAAAAUAUUGCCUGAUGCCCAGCAGGUGGCACUGCAGCACCUCAAUUCCUCCAUGCAGAACCCAGUCAGCACCUACAUUGGUGGGAUACCAGAUGAUGUCCCAUUGGAUUCCACCCCAGUAACAGCCUUUUAUCACGGCUGCAUGGACAUCUCUGUCAACGGCCAGAUGUUGGACUUUGACGAGGCCUUGAGCAAACACAACAGCAUUAAGUCCCAUUCCUGUCCUCCUGCUUUGACCUCAGAAACAGAUGCCCCUCAGCCACAUGGAGAGUGA